UUCACUGCUUCUUCUGCCCAAAUCCAAACCUCGCAAUUCUUCACCAUUUCACACAUCAAUUCAUCAUCCACAAACCUAUCCCUCCUUCACAAUUAUUUUUCCGCAAAAAUUCUCUGAUCCUUUCGCUCCCCUUUCGUAUCUCCACAAUGUCCAACUGCACUGGUUCUUCUUCCAACAGGACCACCGCUUUCGACCGUUUCUACAGUCCUCCGGUUUUCCGAAAACUGCAGCGAGAGCAGCAGAAACAGUUCAACUCUCACUCGGUCCAACCGGAUUUGCAAACCGGUUCUUACGAACCGGCAUUGUCCACCUCUGUCUGUCUCAGUAAUCUGGAUCGUCUUUUGGACGCAUUCACACCCUCCGUCCCUGCUCACUCCUCCUGCCAGCCCAAAAUGAAGGGACGCGGAACUGGUUACUCGUGUACCAACAAUAGCAGUGGACGCCUAUAUAUUGUGCUCGAGGAUCUGUGGGAAUCCUAUAGAGAAUGGAGCGCUUACGGUGUAGAGGUGCCAGUAAGCCAUGACGGAGAGGAGGAGACAAAAAUAUACUAUGCGCCCUCCCUCUCUGCAAUUCAGUUAUAUGCUGAGAGGAGACUUGAAGAGGACAGUAGCUCCGAGUCUUCUCAGGAGACAAACUGCUCAGCUGAGCAGCUUGUCUAUGAAUUCUUCGAGGGAGCUCUGCCACAUAUUCGGCCUCCUUUACAUGAUAAGGCAAGUCUGUCGUUUCAGAUCUACCUAUUCAAAUUUCCCUUGGCUUGAACACUAACAAUUUCCUUUUCCUCUCAGGUUUC